AUGUCGACUCCUGUCAGUCCCGUGGAGCAUAAGCUCCCGCAGCGUUCGGGGACCGUCACCAGCGCCAUGACUGGUGUCAGUCGUCGGACUUCCAUGAGUGAUGACGAGGCCAUUCCUGGCUCUGAUAGCAAUGAGACCACGAACCUCCUCCUCGAGCGUCUCCGUGCUUGGAAGCACAUGUGUGGAUAUUUGGAAGAGUAUGUGUCUGCGACGGCCAAGGUGUCCAAGUCGCAGUCCAAGGACUUCGAGAAGGUUUUGAAGACCGUGAACGAACCUCUGCGGGAAAGCCACCAUUUCUCCCAGAGCGCUGGCGGCGUCGCUUCUUGGUUUGAGAACAUCCGCGCCAACACUCAGGGAAUGGUGAACCUGUACCUUGACUCUGAGAGGAACCUCAAAGGCUCCGUGCUCCCGACCUUGGAGCGUCUUCACAAGGAAAUCAAGGCCAAGUCGAAGGAACUGCAGAACGGCGCUGCAAAGGGUGCUAAGGCUGUCGACAAGGCUCGCGGUGUCACUCAGAAGCACAUUGAGCUCCUCGCGCAGCACACGGCCACACUUGACGCCGCGUCCCAUAACAAGAUUGACACGGCCCAUGACCCUUACAUUCUCCGUCGAGGUGUCACCCACCGCCUGAACAAGCAGGUUAUCGAGGAGAACAACAACCGCCAGGACCUCAUCGCUGUGCAGAACAACUUCCAGCAGUUCGAGGCCCAUGUCCUGCAGACCGUCCAGGGCGCUAUGGAGCAGUUCGUCGUCUACAUGGGCGGCCAGCUCGACCGUCACCGCGCCAUGUACACGGACAUUCUGUCCUCCGCGCAAAAGGUUCCCCCUGACUUUGAAUGGGUCAACUUCAUGACCAGAAACGACCACAUCCUCGUCAACCCCGACGCCCCGCCGCGCUCCCUCUCCAACAUCACCUUCCCCAACCAGGAGCACCGCGCCACCAAGCCCUUGAUCGAGGGCACUCUGGAGCGCAAGUCCCGCGCCAUGCUCAAGGGCUACAGCAGCGGCUUCUACGUCGUGACCCCCGCCCGCUACCUCCACGAGUUCAAGGACAACGACGACCUCCGCCGCGACCCCGCUCCCGAACUCUCCCUCUACCUGCCCGACUGCAUCAUCGGCGCCAUUGACGGCUCCAAGUUCAGCGUCAAGGGCAAGGACGUCUCCAGCGGCAAGGUCGGAAACGCCUUCCACACCAACACCGAGCUGAGCUUCAAGGCCGCCAACUCCAACGAGGCCGAGAAAUGGUGGACCGUCAUCAAGGACGCCACUCGCGCCCCGACGUUCGCUUCUAGCACCACCACCUCGCCAACUAGCCCUGUUGCGGCCGAGAGCUCCCAGCCUCCCGCCUACGUCGAAAAGGAAUCCGCUGCUGCUCCUCCGCAGGAAGCAGCCACCGCUCCGUCCCCGACCACUCCCGCUGCUGUCUCUCGUACUAACACCAGCGGCUCUGGCACUCUCCCUACUGCGUCUGGUGCCGCCGCACCGGCAGCUGCACCUGCUACCACUGCUACGGAGGAUAAGGCGUGA